UCAUUUGAGGUCAAUAUCUAGGCCGAAAGAUUUUUUUUCGUAAUGUGUACUUUAGGUUAAAAAAUGUAAAUGUCACUUCAAAUUAAAGGGAGGCACGGAUAUUCUGUAGAAUUUUCUCCAUAUUUUCAACAUAGAUUUGCAUGUGCCUCAUCACAAUAUUAUGGAAUUGCAGGGAAUGGUACACUCUUUAUCAUAGACCAGACCCCCAAUGGACUAGUUCCUACUGUAGUGUUUGAUUGGAAUGAUGGCUUGUUUGACGUGACCUGGGCAGAGAAUAAUGAAAAUGUACUUGUAACUGCAUCUGGUGAUGGUGGUAUUGUUGUGUGGGACGCUUCACAACCAAGAGGUCCUAUCAAAGCAUAUAAAGAACAUACUAAAGAGGUUUAUUCAGUACAUUGGAGUCAGACAAGAAAUGAAAACUUUGUUGUAAGUGGUUCAUGGGACAAACUGAUCAAACUGUGGGAUAUUGGGCAAGCACAGUCACUUGCUACAUUUUCAGGACAUGAAUAUAUUGUAUAUUCUGUCAGAUGGUCUCCUCAUAUCCCAGGAUGCUUUGCUUCUGCAUCUGGAGAUCAAACACUGAGAAUAUGGGAUGUCAGAAAACCUGAAUUUCCUUCCAAUGUUAUUCCUGCACACAAUGCUGAAAUCCUUACUUGUGAUUGGUCAAAGUAUGAUCAGAAUAUAGUAUUUACUGGUAGUGUAGAUUGCUCAAUAAAAGGUUGGGACAUAAGAAACUCUAGAGGACCCAUCUGUGAAUUACGUGGACACCAGUAUGCUGUUAGAAGGAUAAAGACUUCUCCAUUUAGUAAAGAUUUAUUGCUGUCCUGUUCAUAUGAUUUUACUGUGAGGACAUGGGAGAUAAGUCACUCUGCUCCUUUAGAGACAAUAGAACACCAUACAGAAUUUGUGUAUGGCAUAGACCAUAAUUUACAUAAUCCAGGACAAAUAGUGGACUGUGGUUGGGAUGAAAUGGUCAAAGUUUAUAAUACUAAAUCAUUAUUGUCAGGUGUCAGAUAACACUGGGACAAAUCAUAGUACUGUGGAUUCAUUAAACUUUGUUGGAUACCAGUUUUUCAUGGAUAUUGUGGUUACAGGGGAACCAUACAUUCAAAUGCUCAGGGAACAACAAAUUAUGCAGACUAUAGCAAAAUUAUGAGAUCAAAUAUCAACAAAAAUGCUAGUUUUCCGCAAUGGAAGAAAAUUGAUACUAAUGAAAAUAAAUGAUUUUAUAUGCAGAGUAAAAGAUAAACAGCAUUUUUGAAAAUCAUGUGUUAAUUCUGUUAGUGUCUGCACUAAUGAUGUUGUCCAUUUGUAUGAAUGAAAAGGAUAUGUUGAAUGUGAUCCAGGUACAAUUUAAGCCAUUUUUUUUUUUAUGAAAUGAAACAAAUAAACAACCAAAAACUUUAUGCUAAACAGAUAAUAUAUUUUGUUGAGUGAUUAUGAUUGAAUGAUAAAAUAAAAUUAUUUAUACAUGUAUAUUAUGUUGUUAAAAUAAUAAUUUGCUUUUCAGGCACUGAACUUUAGU